CUUCAUUUCGUUACUUCACUCGCAUCUAACGUUAAACAUUUUUAAUAAAAUUGAUUAAAAUAUAUAUAAGAAUCUGUUGUGUUGUGCUUUGUGGUGCGGUGUGUGAUUUUGUGUUUUAAGAACAGGAACGACCACGAUGCGAUUAAUACUAACAUUGUUAUAUUUCACAACUCUGACGAACUGUUUCGACCCAAAGCCUGAUAUAGGAAGACCCGUGGGACUAAUACCUGACUGUCCAGGAGUCCAAAAGAACGCGACGAUCACCGCCGACUCCCUCCCAGCGUUGCAAGUGACCAUACAGAGGGUCACGCCAACUGGCGUGUAUCGUAGGACCCUCCCCGUUGCGUCGGCGGUGAAAUCUAUACUUAAUGAUAAGAAUUUCGAUCUCAAGAACAAGAAGACAGUCCUAUAUGCAGUGGGAUUCUUGGACAGUUCCAUUUUCCUCCACAACCAAGCAGUAGGCAAUACGUACUCUAAAAUGGGCUACAAUGUUCUGGUCACUGACACUAUGCCGUUUUUAUCGUAUAUCUACCCGAAAUCAGUCCGCCUAGUUCGCGUGAUCGGCAGAAAAUUCGGCGAAUUCCUCGUCAAACUAACAGAACAAGGUCUCCCGCCAGAGAAGUUGGAACUCAUGGGGAUGUCCCUCGGCGCUCACAUAGUGAGUCACGCCGCCAAAUACUAUUACACCGCUACAGGCCUCAAACCGUCGCGUAUCACGGGCAUAGACCCCGCCGGACCCUGCUACCGAGGUCUUCCGAUAGAAGAAAAGCUCUGGCACACAGACGCACACCGUGUCGAUGUUCUGCAUACAAAUAUAGAUGGCUUCGGUAUAGCGGAACGUUUGGGACAUAUAGACUUCUACGCGAACGGGGGAGAGUACCAACCCAGUGAUAUUCCUUACAUCCCUUGCCUGGUUGUGUGCAGUCAUAUAAGAGCUUUAAUCUAUUGGUGGUUAGCGUUAGAAAACCCCAAAAAGUUCAUUGCUGUGAAGUGCGAUUCGAUACAAGACGCAAGGUCUGCCAACUGUUACAAUGGUACUGUGCUGAACUAUCUAGGCUUGAAUACCGACUUUAAAAAGGAGGGUAUUUAUUAUUUGCCGACACAUAAUGAGUUCCCGUAUUACAGAGGGAAGGAAGGGCUUAAAGCUGAAAAUGAAAUUUAUUCAUCUACCAGUAGGAAAAUUAAUGCUGACGAUUAUUUCACGACGUAGAAUUGUAUUACAUUUUCCGAAUUGAUGCUGGGUAUAUAUCCCCAUGCCAUAUUGUCGAAGUCAAUAAUAUUUUCUUCUAUAAACGUAAUAGAGUCCCAGAAAUUAAUAGUUAUAGAACAAUAAUUUUUGUUUAAUAUGAUUAUGUAUUAUUAUUGAAUCUAUAACAUUUCGUGUUGUGAACCUAAAUUUUAUAAAUAUUUUCUUUACCUUAUUUCAUACACUACACGAGUAUUACAAUAACAAUACAAUAUUUAUAUUUUUAUUAGUUAAUACAAAUUCUGUUUGUGAUACUAGAUAGAAAGUCUAGAUUUUAGUUUUGGUUUUAGUUAUAUCGGAAGGUUUCCUCCACCAAAAAAGGUGUGUGUGCGAUUCACACAUGAUAGAAGUGAAACUUCUGUAAAUCGUAGUAUGUAUAUUUCUGUCUCAUUCUUUGCCGGUUUCAUUCUACACAUUUUUGUAUUUGUGUCUCUUACCUGUCGUUUUUUCCGUUGCAUCAGGUUUGAAAUCACAACGAUUCUAAAGAAGUUUCACUUCAAUAAUCUAAUGUUAGCAAAGUUUAGAACUUUUUAAGGAUUCAAUUUGUUCUCGCUGCGGAAUUCUUGCUAUUUUAUUUAAGCACAAUUUAUGAUAUAACGCUUCGUUAAUAGAUUAAUUCACUAGUGCUACACAAUAGUCCACAGAGUGGAGCAAAUCAUCGAAAUAUAGUGAUAAUAUCCGGUAAUUAAUAAUUUAUGUGUUUACACAUUGACUUGCAUUUAUAAUUUAGAUGUACGUGUAUUAUGAUUCAUUUUCACAAUAUUGUGCAUAAGAUAUAUCAUGCGUAUAAGUGGGGUAUAAUAAAUGAAAUACAAUUUCAUGUGUUGUGCUGAUGCCAUAUAUAUAUUAAACAAUAAUUUAUUUUGUUAUAUAGAAAGUAGGUUGCCAUAAAUAUGUACCGUAAAAGAAGGUAGAAACCUUAUUUGUUAUUUUUUUUUGUACGUCACAUUAAAUUUAAAUUAAAACUAGCUGUGACCCGCGGUUGAAACCGCGAAAGUCCGUAUCCCGUAGGAAUAUCGGUAUAAAAAGUGC